AUGAACAGAUCUCAAUUCUUAUUAAUAUUAACGGUAUUCAUUCAAACCGUGUUUUGUGCAUUAUCAUCAGAAUCAUUAAAUACAUUGAAAACAGACCAAGGAAUCAUAUAUUUAAACAAUGAUAAUUUCCAUCAGAUCAUAACAGGAGAUCGAGAUUAUUAUCUUUCAGUUUUAUUCACAACAACAUCUGAAAAAUUUGGAUGUGAUACAUGUAAAAAAUUUGAUCCACAAUAUAAAUUAGUUUCAAAAUCUUUUCAUUCAACAAAUCCUGAAUCUAAUGAUGUUUUUUUCACAAUUGUGGAAUUUGAAACUACUGAACAAGUUUUCAGAGACCUUGGUUUAAAAGAAGUUCCAAAAUUAUGGGUUUUCCCUCCUACAAAAGAUCCAAAUUAUAAUGUUACAAGUCCUCAUUUCCCUUAUACAAUAAGUGAAUCUGCCCUAAAUGAUCCAUUAGAUUUUGCAAGUUUUAUAACAAAAAUUUCAAAUACUAAGAUUAUAAUACAACCAGAUUUUGAAAUUUCUUCAUUUGCUUUAUAUUUUUUUGCAACUUUUUUUUCAGUUUUAAUCCUAAAGAAGAAGAUAUUAAAUAAAGUUAAUAAAUCAAUUAUUAUUAGAUUUAUUGUUGUUUUAAUAACAACUAUAUUGGUUAGUGGAUAUAUGUUUACCGUGAUAAGAGGUAUCCCAUUAAUUGCUAAAGAUGAUAAAGGUCAUAUCAUGUAUUUUAGUGGUGGACAACAUUGGCAAUUUGGAUUGGAGACAUUUGUUAUAACAGGGAUUUAUUUAUCAUUAGGUGGAUUAAUUGUUGGACUAACUUCAUAUAUUCCAAAGAUUAAUGAUGAUGUUAUUAAAAAUUCUUUAACUUUAGUGUUUUCAUUUGGUGUCUUUUAUAUAUUCAAUUAUUUAACAAAAAUUUUCUUAGUUAAAGAUCCUGGUUAUCCAUAUCAAUUAACAAAAUGGUUAUAA